AUGGCAAUUGAGUGCAUGAUCACAACAAGAAGAAGCACGCAAUCCAUGGCUCAACCCCCCUCCCUAAAAACAGAGCACAAACAAGAUGACCAAAAACCAUUAGUUUUUGAUGCCUCAGUGCUCAGGUACCAGACCGAAAUACCAGAACAGUUCAUAUGGCCUGAUGAGGAAAAGCCCUGCGCCAACACCCCUGAGCUCCAAGUCCCUCUUAUAGACUUGGGUGGUUUUCUCUCUGGCAACAAACAAGCUGCAACGAAAGCCUCCACAAUUGUAGGCGAGGCCUGCCAAAAGCAUGGCUUUUUCCUUGUUGUGAAUCAUGGUGUUGACAAUCAACUCAUAGCCGAUGCUCAUCGCUACAUGGAUGAUUUUUUCGGGUUCCCUCUGUCUGAAAAACAGAGAGCGCAGAGGCUACUAGGGGAGCACUGUGGCUAUGCCAGCAGCUUCACUAGUAGAUUCUCGUCAAAACUUCCAUGGAAGGAGACUCUUUCUUUUCGCUACUCUGCAGACAAAAGCUCAUCCAGUAUCGUCCAAGAUUAUCUCUGCAGUAAAAUGGGAGAAGAGUUCAAGGAAUUCGGGAGGGUGUACCAAGAUUACAGUGAGGCUAUGAGCACUCUUUCUAUUGGGAUCAUGGAGCUUCUGGGAUUGAGCCUUGGAGUUGACAGAGCACAUUUCAAGGAAUUUUUCGAAGACAAUGAUUCGAUAAUGAGGCUGAAUUACUACCCACCGUGCCAGAAACCUGAUCAAACUUUAGGCACCGGUCCUCAUUGCGAUCCAACAUCUUUAACUAUUCUCCACCAAGACCAAGUUGGAGGGCUUGAGGUGUUUGUGGAUGAUAAAUGGCAUUCCAUUAGCCCAAAUUUGAAUGCCUUUGUUGUUAACAUUGGUGACACUUUCACGGCUCUUUCAAACGGGAGGUACAAGAGCUGCUUGCACAGGGCAGUGGUGAACAGCCAAACACCAAGGAAGUCUCUUGCAUUCUUCUUGUGUCCCAGAGAUGAUAAGGUGGUGAAGCCACCAAAUGGGCUGGUUGAUGAUACUUCGUGCCCAAGAAUAUAUCCAGAUUUCACAUGGCCUAUGCUGCUGGAGUUCACACAAAAGCAUUACAGAGCAGACAUGAAGACUCUCCAAGUCUUCUCAAACUGGCUUCAACAGAAAAGCAGCUGA